AUGGCAUCCGAAAUGCAAAACUCGAACCCGACGAUUCUGAACACGGCCGAUCUUCCUACACGCUUCCGCCCCUCAGUCUCCAGCAAGAGCAGCACAUAUGGAAGCGAGUUCUUCGCCUCCGCGCUGCCCUCGCUCGCCGAUGGUGCGCUCGACCCUACCUCCGACUACUCACAGUCGCCGUCGGACUCUGAAAGCGACGGUGAACUGAUGGAGGAGCCUAUUGAUGAGCAAGAAAUAUAUGAUCUUAUAUCAACUAUCAAUGACCCUGAACACCCGAUCUCCCUGGGCGCAUUGGCGGUUGUCUCACUCCCGGACAUUGCAAUAAAGCCUGCUCUUCCAGAUGUACCCGAAUCACCGCUUCAGACGGUCACUGUUCUCAUCACUCCAACAAUCACCCAUUGCAGUCUGGCCACCGUCAUUGGCCUCGGUGUGCGCGUUCGACUCGAGCAAUCACUCCCCCCUCGGUUCCGGGUCGAUGUACAGAUCAAGGAGGGCACACAUAGUACUGCCGAUGAAGUGAACAAGCAGCUGGCGGAUAAGGAAAGAGUUGCCGCUGCACUCGAAAACGGUACAUUGAUGGGAGUUAUAGCAAAGAUGCUCGAGACUUGUCAAUGA